AUGGCCUUUCAAUAUGGGAUGCUUAUGCAACUUUCAAUGUUGCUUGUACUUUUACUAGCGGCUACAAAUGCUGUAGCAGCAGCAACAACAAGAACAAGCGCAAGAGAAGGAGGAGCAGACGAUGGAAAAGCCGGCGGGUUGAUGGCCAAGCCUAACUGCAUAGCCAAAUGUGGUAAUAUCGAAAUUCCAUACCCAUUUGGCAUUGGUCAAGGUUGUUACUUCGGACCACGAUUCGAAAUCACCUGCAAUGGGUCAAAUCCCCGAUUGAUGGAAACCGUUAUGCUUGUCACCAACAUAUCCCUUGAAGAAGGUGAGCUGCAAAUAAGGCAGUUAGUAAACAGAGAUUGUUAUGAUGCCCUAGGUAAUCCAAUUGGCGAAGACCAAAGCAGGGGCGGGCUCAGUUUGAUUCCUCCUUACACCAUCUCUGGUGUCAAAAACUGGUUCUUUGCGGUUGGUUGUGACACGUACGCGCUCUUUGUCGGUAGACGGGGCAGUCAAAGCUACACAACCGGAACCGGGUGCAUCUCCGUAUGUAAAAAUAAUCCGACUCAGUACGAACACUCCUUUGAUAAGAACGAGUCUUGCUCUGGCAUUGGGUGUUGCAAAACAAAUAUUCCCCCUUUGCUGAAUAACCUGACUCUGAAGGUGGCAAGCUAUAACAACCAUACGGAAGUACAUGACUUUAACCCCUGCGGCUUUGCGUUCAUUGUGAAAAUGGGCCACUUCAAAUUCAGCGAAACAAGUUUUCAAGAUCUCAAAAAAACAUACCGGCUUCCCCUGGUUCUUGAUUGGCAAAUUGGGGAGGAGUCGUGUCAAAAUGCAAGGCAAAACAAGGAGACUUUUGCAUGCAAGGGAAAUAGCACCUGCCAUGACAAACCUUCAGGUUACAUUUGCCGGUGUAAGGACGGCUACCAAGGGAACCCAUACCUCGAAGAUAGUUGCCGAGGUACGUCUUUGAGCUUGUUUGUUUUACUGGAACUAGCUAGAAUUCCUGGAUCUGAGAAAAGAACACCCAGAAACUUUACUGAAGAAGAAGUUAAGGAGGCCACAAAAGAAAAAGUUGGUGAAGGGGGGUAUGGAAUUGUUUACAAAGGAUUACUAGAUAAAAAACCGGUUGCCAUAAAGAAGUCAAAAUUUAGUCCCCCAAUUACCCGCCCAGUUACCGCGACAGAGCCAUUUGUUAACGAGCUGAUUGUUCUUUCUCAAAUCAACCAUAAAAAUGUUGUGAGACUCGUAGGUUGUUGUUUCGAGACCCGAACACCAAUAUUGGUUUACGAGUUCAUUGCCCUUGGCACUCUUUAUGACCACAUUCAUAGAAGAAACAAAAAAGGAUUGUCACUAGCAAAACGAUUGAAGAUAGCAGCAGAAGCAGCAGACGCACUAACAUACUUGCACGAUUCCAUAUCUCCUCCAAUCAUACACGGAGAUGUGAAAACAACAAAUAUACUAGUAGACGAAAAUUACACGGCAAAGGUGUCCGACUUUGGAGCUUCAAGACUGGUUCCUGAAGAUGAGAAUCAAAUAUCAACUUUAGUCCAAGGGACACAAGGAUACUUAGACCCUCAAUACCUUCAAUCAAACACCUUUACAGACAAGAGUGACGUCUAUAGCUUUGGAGUUGUGCUAGCGGAGCUACUCACGAGCCGUAAGGCAGUAUCUUUGGAAAAGCCCGAGGAAGAGAGAAACCUAGCAAAUGCCUUUGUUUUCAAGGUGGAAAGUAGUCUCUGGGAUGAAAUUCUUGAUCAAGAAUUAGUGGAGGGACAUCUUAAGACAGCAGAAUUGGCAGCAGAUCUGGCAAAAAGAUGUUUAAGGGUAAAAGGAGAGGAAAGACCUCCCAUGAAAGAAGUAGCCGCGGAGCUCCAAGGAUUAGUGCGAACCAUGGAACAACAUCCAAGUGGAGGAGAGGCUAAUAUCUCUCCACCUCCCAAGGAUACCGGCAACUUGGUUGGGUCAUCUGCUUCAAGUGCUUCCCUUGUGGAUAUUAGAGGUGACGGUGAUGGCGGCGAUGGUGCAGACAGCAGCAUUAUUCAAAUCACGCCUCUUGGAGAUGGGCGAUAA